GCUGGCAAUUUUCCGAGGGGAACGGGGAGGGGAACGGGCGACCAAAUCCCGCGCGCAUGGAAUCUGCGCAGCCAAACCUACGUAAUUUUUUUUGUGUGCCCCCGUACUUUGGUAAUCAUAACGUCGCCGGCUCAUGAUUACGUCUCGGAGAAAAUGAGAUUCACACAAUUUUGUCAAAACUGCCCAUUUUUUUAACAUUUCAAAAUUUUCUCGAUCUUGCCACACUUCUCGAAGCCGCUCCCUGCUUAGUUCUGUCAGCAGCUUGACACAACUUCGCCGGGUGGAAGCUAGUCUUUCUGCUGCAUUUCUCUCAGGAGCGUUCGAGAAUAGCUAUAGCUAUAUCUGCCGGGUGACGUUAGGUCGAGGCGUACUCGCGGGAAUCGUCGCCGACGAUGGCGCUCUUUUCGGGUUGGGUGUUCGUCGUGAGGCCCGACCCCAAUGACGGGGCGCCAGCUCUGUUACCGCGUUACCUGGUGCUUGCGAAAGCAAGCCUGCUCAUGUACCGUCGCGACCCGAUGCUCGUGAAGAACGAGGAACCUGUGUCCAGCGGCGUGCUGACUCCGCAACUUGCGGUGGAGGACUGCGGACGAGAGGUUUACGCCGAUGGACGGGCUCUCCAUGCCUUCCGGGUGUACAACAAAGCCAUGCCGGACCAAGGCGGAAAGGUGGCAACCACCAGUGCAGGAGCAGCUCAGAAGUGGAUCACGGCCAUCGAAGAAUCGAUCAAGGAAUCUGAGACUGGCGGCAAGGUAGAGAAAGCAACUGUGGGGGAGCGCACUCUCUCUCGCUUGGUCUCAAUCGGCCAAGGCCUGGGCGACAUCUUCACUCGUGAGAUGCAGGCAGACGUGGACGUGGGAGGGGACGCGGUGGAAACCACCAAGUGGAGGAUCUUCAAAGUCGCUGACGGCCUUCGAUUCUUCCAUGAAGCAUCUGAGGAAGGGUUUGAAUCGCUGAUCAAGGCAGAGGGGGUGGUGGAGGCGUCGGCUGACAGCAUCUUCGAAGUGCUCAUGAGCACCAGCGCUGCUCUCUCAAUGCAGUGGGACACGUUUACAGUGGAGAAUGAGGUGGUGGAGGCAGUGGAUGGCCACACAGACAUCAUUUUCGCUAUUGUCACAAACAGGCAGUACACGCACGGGAGGCCCCUUGAGAAGGAAGUGCUGGCCUCUCGCACCUGGAGGCGCAACCACGACGGGUCCUAUGGCAUCACCACGUUCACCACCAACCACGACAGCAGGCCUGCGAACGCGCGCCGCCCUCGACUUGACUUCGCCUUGGGCUCAUGGGACAUCCUCCCUCUCACCCCCUCUCGUCCCAAGCACGGCCACGUCAAAUGCCUCGUGCGCCACGUCAUCGAACUCGGCUCUGCACCUCCCCCCUCCUCCUCCUCCUCCUCUCUCGCCUCCUCCGCCUCCUUUUCUCACUCCGCCGAAACCCCUCCCACUCCUAGCAGGCGCUCUGCCUCUCCCCACCACUUCCACCCCGGCUCCUCCUCCCCCAUGCACUCGCCUCUCCCCAACCCCGCACACGCGGUCGCGGGUGUGGCAAAAGCAGCAGCGGGGAGGCCAAUCUCUUUCAUAAAGGGUCUGAUGAAGGAGAAGAAGGAGAAGGACGGGAAGAAGGAGAAGGGGGGGGAUAUGCUGAAGUCUGCGUCGGUGGCGGCGGGGGGAGGAGGGGGGAAUGGUGUGGGAGGGGUGACGCCGGCGCAGCACGGGGGUUCGUUGGGGGAGGUGGAGGAGGAGGGGGAGGCGGUGGCGCAUGUGGCGUUUGAGGAGUUUGCGGAUUCGUUCCCGUACGCGUCGCUGUGCCGCAUUGCUGGCUUGAGGGAGUAUUUCGCUGCCCAGCCUGCCAUGGAGGAGCACGUGGAGAGGAACACAGACGAGAUGGUGGCCAGCCUCAUGGAGAGGACGGAGUCGCUUGAGGACCAGUUCUUUGACGCUGAAGGCGAGGAGGCGGAACCCGCUAAGCAAAAGGUGUCGGCCAAGGCUCGCUGGCAGGGGCUCAAGUGGAUGGUGCAGUUUGGGUUCCGCCUGCGCUCACUGUUCCUAGUGGAGGAGGAGGAGGAGGACAAGGAGAGGUGGGAGGUGAGGAGAGAGCUGCAGGUAGAUGUCACGCCGGUGGACCUGCCGGCACUGGGGGAGGAGAUGCAGGCAGCGGCCUCCCUGCCUCUUGGGAAGGACCCCAAGGACGCCCAUGCGUGGAAGCAGGCGGUGGCGGAUAACUUCUGUGUGCGCGGGGCGACAUACCUCUCGGAUGGAAUCAAGAUCCCAGCAGCGCAGCCGCUUCUCUCCCUCCUCGCUGUGGACUGGUUCAAAUCCGACACCCGCAUUGACAACGUGGCGGCAAGACGUGGCUCCCUCAUGCAGUCGGAAGCAGGCAAGAAGCUUCCGUUCGUCUUCGUGCUCAACCUGCAAGUGCCUGGCAAGCCCAACUACUCGGCUGUUGCUUACUUCGCUGCUGAUCGGCCCGUGAAGCCGGACUCUCUGCUGGGCCGAUUCGUGAACAGCGAGGAGGAUUCUUUCCGCAACAGCCGCUUCAAGCUCAUCCCCCGCAUUGAGGAGGGCUUCUGGGCAGUGAAAAGGGCUGUGGGGACAAAGGCUGCUAUUCUCGGCAAGGCGCUGACCUGCAGCUACCACAAGGGGGAGAACUACCUCGAGAUGGACGUGGACGUUGGGUCCUCCUCUGUCGCCCGCAGCGUCAUUGGCCUCGUGCUGAGCUACGUCACUUCACUCGUUGUCGACCUUGCUCUGCUGAUUGAGGCACAAGCUGCGGAUGAGUUACCUGAGUACCUCUUGGGCACUAUCACUCUGAUGCGCCUCGAACCAAAGAAGGCUGUCGACCCGCCUCCUGCAUAAAAUGUAUUUUUAUUAAGCAUAUGCCAACCAACUAUGAAGAUCCCAUCUUCGCAAUGCACCUAUAGUAUGGGCUGACAUAGUAUUGAUUAUUCAUGUUUCUUGUGUUGCUUAGAAUGUGCAUGAGUGUUUGGUGGCAGGUACCCUUGCAGAAAUAGCAAUUCAUCCGAUUUGGCUACAACCACUUUACAUGAUAAUGAAUCAGGGCCUCAGAUUGCAGGCUUUUUACCCUGAUUCAGGGUAAAAUCAGGGCUUUUUCGGGGGGUGACCCUGAUGAGACAGGAUUUUUGUAAGACACGCCUGAAAUUUCAG